GAUGCCUCUUUCUCUUUGCUAAUAUUUUGCAGCACCGAUUGAGCCCACGAGAGAUAGAGAUCGGAAAACCGAUGUCGCUCUGUACCUAUUUACCAUCUCCCCAGUUUUCUUCGUUCUGUAAAUCAUCCAAAGGAGGCUACAGACCUACAACCGCUCGCUUCAGAGCUUCCGCCGACGUACCGGACUUUCUUUCGGCAGACUGGCUUGAAUCUCGCAGGAAGAGACCUUUUGGACCCAGACUCAGUUUUCGUGCAGAAGAAGCUAUAAGAUACCAGCUCGAUGCAUUGAAAUUUAAUGACCGACCUAGUCAAGAUUAUGGUAUAGAAGUCAUGUACAGGUUUGCUGGAUUUGAUCCUUUUGAAAGGUCUUCCUACUUUGGUCGCUUCUUUGAUUUGGGGCAGUUUGAAAGAUUUAGGAGGAUUUUCCACCACUCAACAUAUCGUGUAUUACUUGGUCACAGGGAAAGUAAGAUACUGAGCAGUUUAUGGGUGGAAGAGAAUCUAUUCAAGCAACGUAUAUGGAUACUAGGAGCUCGCCCCGAGGAGGAAGAUGUAUUCCAGUUUACCAUGGUUCAGAGGAUUGGUGGUUCUUGGGAUGGCUACUGGCUGACAGAGUCACUUCUAAAUGACGGCGACUGUUUUUCGAGUGGUGUCGCAUAUUGAUUUGUCAAAAUGUCUGCAAUGGCGACCUUAAUGUCAGGUGACUUUUGUCCCAAUUAUGUAAAUACAAUCUUUCUUUGUAAAGAAAUGUAGUGAUAAUAGAAAUAGUAUACAUGUAUAAGAUAUAAUCAUAUAUAUGGCUUGUUAAUUAAGAAAUAAAUCUAGAAAUCUCAC